AUGUUCUUCACUAUACCUAUGACACCAAUUAUUUGGCUCAAUCUUUUGCUUUGCAUCAUCUCUGAAAAAAAUAAAACUUUCCCUAUAAUUAACCCCGAUAAAAGUGAUGAAAUUAUCACAUAUACUACUCAUUCUGGCACCUCAAACAGCUUUGAUAUCCUCGAUUACAACAGUUUUGAGCCAUUAUUUGGCUCAGAAUUUCCAUCCGAUCCUUCGCAGUUGAUUGAUUUCGAUCAGUUGAGUGAAAUUGAGGAUAUAAGUAGCAAAGAAUCGAUACCCGAGAUCACAAAUGCUCCUCAUCCUGGCUUUUCAAACAGCCAUGGUUUGUUGGGCCACACUAAUUUGGGCUCAUUACUUGGUUCAUAUACAGAUUCAAAUAGGAAUGUGUGGAGAGAUGCUAAUCCGAUCUAUUUUCACCAACUUACUCUUUCCCCAGAUGACACAACCGAUCAACACGGAAAUGCUGAACAGAAUAACAUGGGCAAGAAACACUUCUCGGAUAACUUGAUUGUCCGCGACUACAGGGAAAAUGAAGGAUCAGAAACAAAUACUCAAAGUGGAACUUCUUCGCCACUUAAUGUCGACACCGAUGACAUUAUUACAUAUAUGCACUUACCUGGUUCACAACAAAAUGCGGUUCCGAUCUAUUUUCACCAACUUACUCUUUCCUCGGACGACACAUCCAGUCAACAUGGAAAUACUAAAGAGAGCAACAUCGAUAACAAACACUUCCUGAAUAGCUUGAGUACCCACGACUGCAGGGGAAAUACCAGUGAAGGAUCAGAAACAGAUAACAAAAAGUAUAUUUGUCAUUAUCCCGGCUGUACUGUGAUCACAAAAGAUUACAAAGAAUAUAUAACACAUAAGAAAUCUCACGGUCAGCCCUUCAUCUAUGAAUGCAAAGUGCCCAGUUGUGGACGGACAUUCCACCAUGGUUCAUCAUUUCGCAAUCACAAGCAAACGCAUGAACCUCAUCCUCAGUGCGAGGGUUGUGGCAAAUUCUUUACCAGUAGGAAUCAGCUACUGUAUAAUCACCAGAAGCAUUGCCAAACAAAUUUUCGCGAACGAAGCUACGAAUGCCUUUAUCCCGGAUGUACUAUGAUCACGAAAAAUUACAAAGAAUAUGUAAUACAUAAAAAAACACAUGGUCAACCCUUCAUCUAUGAAUGCAGAGUGUCCGGUUGCGAGCGAAUAUUCCAGCAUAAAUCAUCAUUUUGCAAUCACAAGCAAACGCAUGAACCUCAUCAUCAAUGCAAGUGCUGUGGAAAAUUCUUCAGCACCAUGUAUGGACUACAAAGACAUAAGAAGCUCUGCCCAACAAAAUUUCAUAGACAAGGUUAUGAAUGCCAUUAUCCUGGAUGUGCUGUGAUCUCGAAAAGUUACAACGAUAAUAUAAAGCAUAAAGAAACACACAAUGGACCUUUCAUCUAUGAAUGCAAAGUGCCCAGUUGUGGACGGGCAUUCCACCAUGAAUCAUCAUUUUGCAAUCACAAGCAAACGCAUGAACCUCGUCCUCAGUGCGAGGGUUGUGGCAAAUUCUUCAUCAGUAGGAAUGGACUGCAUUGUCAUAAAAAGAGCUGCAAAUCCCGUUAG